CUCUGGCUGGUUAAGCGCCUCCUUUCUUCCAAAGGCAUUUCCUGCCGUCCGCGCUCCCAGAAUACACAGCUGUACGCCAGCGGUUAUGGAAUGCUAUGGACCGCUAUUUUAUCUCUCCAUCAUCUUCCACCUCUUAAGGAUGCAGGUGUGCAAGGUUAACUUCCAACUUCCAAGCGUUUCGCGUCUGGAAAACAGCGUUUCGAUCGGCCUUUGCACAUUUUAAGACGGCAUUACUUUUGUUUUGGGACAAACGCGAGCUUCGUUUACAGUUCAAUUACAUUGAAUACAUGAGGGACGGUUACUAAGGCGGUCGGAAUAGAACAAGACAACCAGACCUUUUCCAGUGAUCUGAGAUGAAUUCGUUUGGAUACGUCUAGAUCUCCUGCCACGUUUCUGUCUUCGGGGGCUGAAGUUGCGACUGCAACAGAGGUGGACAGACUGGCUGGUACAAUGAAGGAGGAGAACUUGUUCCGCAGGCGGUUCUCUCUCUGUCCCACAGCCACGUCACCUCCUAAGAUCGACCCCCGUGUGCUGACCCGCAACUUGUCCUAUGGAGGAGACAAUGAACUGUACCCGCUCAGCCCAGGUAAUGAAACGGAGCGGAACGGUUUGCCCUUACUGAGGGACGAGGUCAGCCCGGCCCGUUCGCCCAGCAGUGUGUCAGAAUCCAGGAUGUUUAUUGGUUUGGAGAAGGAGUCUUCUUCGCCCACGGAGAAGCUGGCAAGGAAAGAAUCGCUUAAGGUUCAGAAAAAGAACUAUCGGCAGGAGAAGAAGAGGGUUGCCAAAGAACUCUUUAGUGCACUUAAGGAUCCAAGUGUGGUUAUUAUGUCCAACUGGCUAAAGAUUCGGGGAACAUUGAAGAGUUGGACAAAGUUAUGGUGCGUCCUGAGGCCUGGCAUCCUCAUUAUUUACAAAACACCUGGUUCAGAUCACUGGGUCGGGACGAUUCUUCUCAAUGCCUGCAAACUUAUUGAAAGACCAUCAAAGAAGGACGGGUUCUGCUUCAAACUCUACCAUCCAAUGGACAAGUCAAUUUGGGCCAUGAAGGGACCUGAAGGAGAAACGGUUGGCUCCAUCACACAGCCCUUGCCUAGUAAUUAUUUGAUCUUCAGGGCGGCAUCUGAAUCUGAUGGACGCUGUUGGAUGGAUGCUCUUGAACUGGCUCUCAGCUGCUCCAGUCUGUCCAAGAUGACGGCAAAGAGCUGCAGGGAUGGAGAUCUGAGCAGCUCCUCAGAGUCCUCACACAUACUUCAGCUGCUGCAGUCCUCCGCUCUCACCGACCAGGAGCUGUUACAGUUGAAUGACUCCAUGUUGGAAAAUAAUAUGGAGAACGAUGCCAACUCAGACAAGUCAGAGAGGGAGGCGCAUGAAGACUCGGAUAACGCGGCCAAUGAAAACGGAGGCCGACUGACCGAGGAGAGUGACAUGGACCAAUCGGAUGACGUCUGCCUCCAGGCAACGGGAUUUGUUGAAGAAGCCCAUGAAGAGAUGGGAGAGGCUGGCGAGGCAUCCCAGGUCGAGACGGUCUCAGAUGAAAAUAAGGGUUUGAUAUGGACUCUCCUAAAGCAGUUGAGGCCGGGGAUGGACCUUUCGAAAGUGGUUUUGCCAACAUUUAUCCUGGAGCCACGUUCAUUUCUUGACAAGCUGUCAGAUUACUACUAUCAUGCCGACCUGCUGUCCAAGGCUGUGACGGAGGAAAGUCCAUACGGCAGGAUGAAGCAGGUGCUGCGUUGGUAUUUGUCAGGUUUCUACAAAAAACCAAAGGGGCUGAAAAAACCCUACAACCCUAUUCUAGGAGAGAUGUUUCGAUGCUGCUGGCUGCAUCCACAAACAGACAGCUGCACAUUUUACAUAGCCGAGCAGGUUUCUCAUCACCCUCCAGUUUCAGCCUUCUACAUCAGCAAUAAGAAGGAUGGAUUCUGCAUUAGUGGAAGCAUUCUUGCCAAAUCCAAAUUUUAUGGGAACUCAUUGUCUGCUAUAUUAGAUGGAAAGGCCAGACUCUUGUUUCUGACCCGAGACGAAGAGUAUGUCAUCACAAUGCCGUACGCUCACUGUAAAGGUAUUCUUUAUGGCACAAUGACAUUGGAGCUUGGUGGGAAAAUCACCAUUGAGUGUGAAAAAACUCAAUGUUAUACAGAACUUGAAUUCAAAUUGAAGCCUUUUCUUGGCAGCUCUUGUAAUGUUAACCAGAUUUCUGGAAAGAUCCGGAUUGGGGAGGAUAUUCUGGCUACAGUAGAAGGACACUGGGACAGCAAAGUGCACCUGAUAGAGAAGAAGACGGGCCACCAGGAGGUGCUGUGGAACCCUGGUCCAGACAUACGCAGACAGAGGCUGAAGAAACGAGUGGUGCCGAUUGACCAGCAGGAGGCGUUCGAGUCCGAGAGGCUGUGGCAGCAUGUGACCCAGGCGAUUAAUGAUAAAGACCAGAACAGAGCCACCCAGGAGAAGUUUGUGCUGGAAGAGGCUCAGCGGCAGGAAGCCAGAGAAAGAGCCGAGCGAGCCUGGAACCCACGACUAUUCACUCUUGAUGCUGACACCAAUGAGUGGCACUACAAGCAUGCAGACACUAAGCCAUGGGAUCCGGAGCGCUGUCUGGUGCAGUUUGAGAAAGACGGCAUCAUCCAAACUAAAGAGAAGUCGCAGCGCCGACGCAACCGUUACUCCUACAGCCAGGACUGGGCUGGACAGCAGAAGGUGCGGGUGAAUGGCAAACACAGGAAGUCCAGCAGUCAGCCGUCCAGCUGCAGUCAGAACACAGAGAGCAGCAGCACCACACCAGAACCCAACCAUGAGUCAUCCGAUAAUGAAGGCUUUAUGAACCAGUGUGCCAGAUGCAGUAAAGAAGUGAAGGACAUCGCUCUCAUAGAGGCCUCGGUAGCAGCUAUACAGAAAACACAGCAAGACAUACAAAGAAACCUGAGUGCACUGGGUCGUCAGAUAGCAAGGCACAAGACAGCAGAGGAGAGCAAGUCCUUGAGCGGACGCCACUUUCUUAUCCUCUGCAUGCUGUUGCUCUUCCAGCUACUCAUCAACCACGUCUUCACUUGAGAUGCUGUCACCUAGCAACCAUCGCCUAGCAAUCGUUGCCUAGCAAUAAACACAGCCAAACGAUCACCGUCACACAGCCCCUCGAAUGCCCCACCCGUGAUGUUGCUACCAGCUGUAGCAACCGCACCAUCAAGCACUAAGCACUUCAACUAGGGAGAAAGAGACUCUUGUUUUAAUUAAUAUGACAGAUAAUCAUUUCAGAGUGGAUGUAGACCGAUGUACUGCCACUCUCAAUAAUUGACGCGUUCACACUUUCCUACGUACUUCCCUUUCUUUGCAAUAGGGGUCAUCUUUUUUUUUCUUUUUGAAUGCAUUGGAAUGGGUUUGUGUGUCUGUCUGUGUGUGUGCUUUACUCACAAACUCCUCUUCCAUUUAUACACCGGGCCUUAAUACUGAUGCCAAAAAGGGGAAAAAUGAACUGAGAGAUCAGUUAAGUCCGCCAGUGCAAUUUGCUUUCUGUUUUUAUUUUUUGGCUCACACAAAUUUGCUCAUCUUAUGAUUUUUUUUUUUUUACCAAAAUAGUGUUUCUGUACAGAACAAUAACAAAGAAGAGUAAAUGUUUACAAACUUGAUUGUACACCACACAAAGGAGAACGAUGCUCUGACACCAAAAGCGUAUAGUGUAGAUGUAGAAUAGAUUCGGCGGUGGCACUACAGUAAAAGAAUGAACAAUCAGCCAUAAGACUGAGAUAUUCAUAUUCGUGACUGUUUGUUGGGCAUUGGGGAAGAAAUUCACAAUAGGGACACGUGAGGCCUUCUGGGAAGUUCCAGGUCAUUUGUGUUGCUCGGGUGAAGCGAGAUGUGUUUGCUAACGAAGGCAUGACUGGCUAGUGGAAAGUGUAUAUAUUUGUUCGAGAACAUUUGAAAUUAAGAAUGUAUUUAUUUGAUCAUUUCACUUGAUUUGUUUUAUAUAUAAACAUACUGUUUUUAAGAACACGUUCAUUCAGGUUUUCCGGGAGCAAGAGUAGUUGAGCACCAAUUUACAGCGGGGAAAAUAAGUGUUAAACAUGUCACCAUUUUCCACUGAAAAUCCACAGAAAAUCUCUAAAGGUGCUGUUGACUUGAAAUUUUCUACAGAUGUCAGUAACAUCCAAAUAAUUUAAGUAAAAUAAAGUAAUUAGUUUACAAAUUAAGUACUAAGAUGCCUAAUAAAAUAAAAUGACGCUGGGAAAAAUAUGACGGCAAUUCUAUGGCAAAAAUAAUCAAGCACACUUGUGAUAUUUACGCGCGAGGAGAAGUUAAGGCCAACUCACACUGAGAUUUUUUUAAAAUCCUAAAUGAUCGUAGCAUGUUAGGCUUAACAAACAUGGCUCCCAUGUCACACUGUAAGAUCUCAGCUUUCAUAAAGUCAGAGUGAAUGACAGUGAACCGGUGCCAAACACGCAAGAAGUGCUCCCGGAGUUUGAAGUCAUCCACCUGUGACACUUUCACUAUUCUGCAUUCUAAAAUGAUUCCUCACAGAAAACGUAAAGAAUCUGUAGCGCCAAUUUUGCAUGUGGCGUGUCUCAAUAAUAAAACUAGGAAUUGCUGCAUGGAUUGCAUCAUCAUAUCUAGAGCUCCUAUUGGUUCUUGGGUUGAUGCUCAUCGCAGCUGUUGUCACACUGCAGGAAAGUGUCUGAAAUCUUCUGACACUGCCAGAACUUCAUCGGAAGAAAAAUCUGAUUGCAACGAGCAUCAAGCAGCUAUCUGUGAACAUGUCAAACCCAUAAUCAAAGGUCACAGAUUUUAGCCCAGGAUUUUAGGAAUCUUUUUGGAUUUUCCAAAUUUGUCUCGGAUGUGAGCAGGGCUUAAACCGCCAGAUCACAGACCUACACGCGAGGAACCUAUUCAUCAAAUCCUAGCUAACGUCUGGAAAGAGAGGGUAACCAAUAAAAGUUAGAGAUAACAAUUAAACCAAGUCCCGCCCCAAGGCUGACAAAAAUCCAAAAAGAUUUGCGCGAUCAAAGAGAAGAGCCAGCAAGCAAGUAAAAGAACUGCUGUGAGGCAUAACCUCGCUCACGAGAGCAUCCAUUGUGCACACAGAUGAUAAUUUGCGCGCACAAGGGUUUACAGCGAGCUUACGAGGACCUGUUUUCUUACGCUAGAUCACUUCAGCAUGCGCGUGAACAUCCCCUGUCCACGUGCGAGCAGUGGCGGAUUUACCCUAUAAGCAAAGUAAGCAGCUGCGUAUAGCCUCAAUACAUUGAAGUAAAAACUAUACACAUAACAUUGUUUUCUAUCAUAUUUUGUAUGGUGAGGGUCUAACAAAUAAAAUUUUAACAUAAUUAUAACAUCUACACAAAUUUGUCUAACAACCCCAACCAUGGAGCAGUCAAGUCAGGUAAAGAUUUUUAUUAUUUUUGGUUUAUAUUAUUAUUAUUAUUUUUGUGUGUGUGUGAAUUCAUAAAAAAAAAAAUCACAAAAAAUGUAAAGAUUCCAAUAAGAUUAAACAGCAAAAAAAACAUAAAAAUUUAAUAAAACUACAAAGGGUGCAUUUUAGGACUGUUGCACCCUAUUGCUGGAACUGCUUAGUGCCCUUGUGUGUAGGUCUGUCAUCUUUGCGGUUUACUUCUCUACGCUCGUAAACAUCACCGUUGCACUCUAUUAUUAAUGGUUUAAAAUUGUCGUCAUAGGAAAAGUAGUGAACACAUGAUGAAAGGAAGGCAGGGAAAUCCCAGACAGCAGCUGAAAUCUCGCAUUAGUUUUUCAGCAACCAUCCCACCCUUUGUCAUUUUAAAUAAAUAUUCGAUGUUUCAGUCCAACAUCUGCAUUAGCAGGAUGAUGAAGAUGAAACCAGGGUGGACAUUUCAGUAAGACAGAAGCUGUUUCUCAAUUCCAAUGGACUUGCCUUUUUGCCAGGUCACCUUUGAAAGACGAACUCGGGAGACUGCGAGAACACAAAACGCGUCCUGUGAGAAAUGAAAUGCUGCAUUCUUCCUGAUGUUAACAUGACCUCCACACGUUUUUAACGUAAAAUUAUUUGAAACAUUACAGCAUACAUAAAGCAAUUUAUUGUUUUUUUUUCCCUUUUCACAAUAUAUGCUAUGCAUAAAGACCUUACAAAUAUACGUUGCGCUAUACAAAUAAAACUAAUUGUAAUUCGAAUUUUAGCAAAUAAACACCCCUAAUGUGUUCAUGCCUUUAUUAAGAUUUUCAUGUUAACGUUUAAUUUCAGUGUCUCAUUUAAGGAACCCCCUGAGGUAAAUAAGUUAUAAAUAUGCUGCGCUUCCCACCUCCAGUUGCAAUGACUUCUGGGACUUCUAAAGCGAGUUCGUUGCUCAAGUCUGCAUCGCUGUGUCCUCGAUAUCAAGAACACAUCAAGGAACUUUUACGUGUCCUCAGUUCUUGCGGUCUUGAGUUUUGCAACUGAACUGAGCCGUUGAUGAUGAUCAAGAACACGAGAUCCCUGAAAAACACAUAUUGAGAAACAGCCAAUGAUACAAAAUACAGCACUCAAAUGCUUUCAGGGAAAGAAAAUCGGGCUGUAGAAUGGCCCAGCCAAUCACCUGACUUGAAUCCAAUAGAGAAUAAAAUAUAAAGAUCAGAUUUGAUAGACAAGACCCACAGAACCUUGAAGAUCAAGUGACUUCAUUCUCCUGAUGAGAGGAGUCUUUAAGCUGCCAUCACCAAAAAAAAAAGGCCUUUUAUAUAAAGUAAUAACUAUGUUUCAGUAUUUCAGUUUUUUCUCCUUGUGUCAUUUCAUUGGCAUGACACAUAACUCAUCUUUCAGAUUGUUUGUAUUGUUUGUAUUUUUGCCAUUGUUUGGAUUUUUACCAGUUCAAUUCAAUGUCAACAGCUCCCUUAGAAAUGUUAUUUUCAGGAAAAAAAAAAACAUGUCUGGUUCAAUACUUAUUUUCUCUGCUGUACUUCCUCUUCCUAAGGCUUUUUUUUUUUGUUUGUUUGUUUGUUGUUGUGAAAAUUUGAGUGUCCCUUUAGCUGGGAACUAUUAAGGUCAAAGUACAAAACUUCCAAUUCAGGAUUCAUAUUGGAGUAUUUGGUUUGUUUUGCUUUAAUGAUGCUUGCACUCUUGAGCCACAGUUCAACCCAUUGAAAUUUAAUUUUUACUUGUGUUCCUUUUUUUUUUACACAGCACUCAGUACAAUGUCAACUUGUCUGACAACUGAAAUGAAUGAGAUGUCAAUGCCUCACUGUUUGUGAAUGAUUGUUGCAAUUACAGCACCACAGUAAAACUUACAUUUCAACA